UGUACAACACUGGAUUUGCGCGUUUGUUUACGAAUCAUUGUGUGAGGCGAAACGAAGUGUUUGCCGCCGAAAAACUAAUAAAAUAAUUCAUUGAAAUGGUGGAUAGACGUGUCCUGGUGAUCGACAACGGAUCCUACGAGUGCCGCGUGGGCUGGAGCGACUCCAGGGAACCAGACUUGCGUUUCCGCAAUGUGCUGACCAAGCCGCGCAAGGAUCGCAAGAAGGAGGCUUUGCAACAGGGCUCCUCCGAAGGCUCACAACCGGCAGCUGUAGAGGCACCUGCCGAAAUCCAGGUGGGCAACGACAUCACCAACAUCGAGGCGGUACGCGCCCAUCUGAAGAGCCCCUUCGAGCGGAACGUGAUAACCAACUGGAAUCAUCAGGAGCAGAUCUUCGACUACAUAUUCACAAAGAUGGGUUUUGAGGGGCAGGAUAAGAUCGAUCAUCCGAUUAUCCUUACAGAGGCCCUGGCCAAUCCGAACUUUUGCCGCCAGCAGAUGAGCGAACUGCUCUUCGAGUGUUACGGUAUCCCGUCUGUAUCCUAUGGAAUUGAUGCUCUGUACAGCUGGGAACACUAUCAGCAGAAGCGGCAGAAGAUAGCAGAUGCUCUGAUCAUUUCCUUUGGCUAUAGCACGACUCAUGUGAUUCCCGUGCUCGGAGGCAAGUUGCAGAUGGAGCACGUGCGUCGUCUGAAUGUAGGUGGCUAUCACAUCAUAACCUAUCUUUUCCGGCUCAUGCAAAUGAAGUAUCCCGUGCAUCUGAAUGCCAUUACCAUCAGUCGAAUGGAGAAACUGGUCCAUGAGCACUGUCACAUUGCCGUUGACUACAGGGAAGAGCUGGUUAAGUGGGCCCAGAUGGACUACUACGAAGAGCACAUCAUGAAGAUCCAGCUGCCGUACAAUGCGGUAACCGCAACCAAUGCUCUGCUCACUGCCGAACAAAAGCAAGAGAAACGCAGGGAGCUGGCCCACCGACUGCUGGAAAUCAAGAACCGUCGCGAACGUGAAAAGUUGCGAGAGGAUGAGCAGCAGUUGUUUGUCUACAACAAGCUGCGGCAACUGUAUGAGCAGCAGAAGCUGGAGAAGUUUGAGCGUGCCCUGCAGCAGCAACAGAUCGGUACGCUGGAGGACUUGGAUUCCCUUAUUGCUACCAUAAACUUGCGCAUCAAACGUGCCCAGGACAGGGCACAGAGUGCUCCGCGUCCCAGCAAGCAACAGGAGAAGCUGGACAAGAUGCCAAAGCCCCCAGAGGGCGUGUCCCAGGCGGACUGGCUGGCCGAGCUACAUGGCAAGCGACAGGAACUACUCGGACGUAAGCAGGCCCGCCAACAGCAACGAUCCGAACAGGCCAAGCGUCAUACUCAUGCCGCCCAGCAGCGGAUGCGCAUCAUCUCGUCGCUGGCCAAGAGCGAGAAGCGGCGCAAGGCCAACGGCGAGGAGGAGGAUGAUGGCUUUGGGAUGAACGACAACGACUGGGACGUGUACAAACGGAUAAAUCGCUACAACGAUGACAGCGAUUCCGAUGCGGAUAACGAGCAGUUGUUGGAGUUCGAGAAGAUCCUAAAUCACUAUGACGCCAACUUCGAUGAUGGCAACUCCAAUGCCCAGGCCCAGAGUGCCGCCGAGAACUACCAGCUGCACUUUGGCGUGGAGGACAUCCGCGUGCCGGAGAUCCUAUUCCAGCCCAGCAUGAUUGGCUGCCCGGAGGCGGGUCUAUCGGAACUAAUAGCGUUCGUGCUAAAGCUCUUUACCACCGAGGAGCAGCAGCGCCUGGUGGAGCACGUCUACCUGACCGGUGGGUGUGCCCAGUUUAGGGGCCUCAAAGAUCGCCUGGCCAAGGAGAUGCUGGAGAUGCGUCCGUUCCAGUCAAAGUUUUCAAUCUACGAGUCGGACGAACCCACUCUAAGCGCCUGGCUGGGCGCAUGUGUGCAUGCGGAAGAGCCUAACUUCGGCCAGUCGCUGACCACGCGUCAGGAUCACCAGGAGCACGGCAGCGAGUUUUUCCGGGAGCACAGGGCUAGCAAUCUCUUUUAUCCUACACCAAAAGAUUAACAUUUAUUUGAAACCAUCAUGAAAUAUAUAUAGACGCU